AAAUUUUAGUAAUUAAAUACAAGUUGUUGUAAAAAGAUAUUCUAAUAAGAUAGGAAAUAAAAUAAAUAUAUAAAUUCAAGUAUGCAUCUAAAUAAGCAGAUAAAAGACUACAGCAUUUAUUCUAGAAAAGAAGACUCUAUUUUAGCAGAAAAUUACUAUGGUUACAAUACUAAGAAUGGUAAAGAUGUCUUUAUAAAAAUAAUUAACCAAAAGAAAAUCCCUGAUGGCUCACUAAUUAGAAUAAAUUUAGAAAACGAAAUAAUUAUUCAUCAGUAGCUAAAGUAAAAGAAUGCCAAAAAUGUUAUGGCUUUAAUAGAUGUGGCAUAUACUUAGAACAACAUUUAUCUUAUUUACUAAAAUAAUAAAUAUGAUACCUUAAAAAACUAUUUGAAUUACAAGUAGAUGCUUUCUGAAAAAGAAUGCAUCAACUAUUUUAUUUAGAUAUAUUAUGGAUAUUUUGAAUCAUACUCUCAAAAAGUUAAAUACAGAGAUAUUACUUUAAAUAAUAUUUUGAUUGGAGAGGAAGAAGCUAUUAGAGUAGAUGAUUUUGGUUUAUUCAAAACUCUAUUCUAUUAGAAGAAUAGCUCCCUGUAAUAUAGAAUUAAUGAAGCGCCAGAAACAUAAUAAGAUAGAAAAUCUUAUAAUAGAGAAAAAUCAGAUAGCUGGAGUUUAGGAAUCCUUUUGUUUUAACUUCUGUUUUUGUCUGAGCCUUCAUUUUAGCUUGGAUAGUUAGUCAUACCUUCAACUAGAAUUAUUUCUAGCUAAAUGGCUCAACUAUUAUUCUCUUUGUUGUAAAUUGACCCUGCUAAAAGAAUUAAUUGGGUACAAAUACUAAGCCACGAUUGCAUCAAAAAUUAUAUUUUAGGAUAGAAAUAAAAAUAAGACUGGAAUCUGUAAUUAUCUUCAUUUUUGAAUCCCUCUACUGCAAAUUUAGCAGAAAGGUAUCCUUAACUAGCGCUUACUGGCAACUUUAAUGAUCAAAGUGGAUAGAAUCAAGCUUAGUUGUAAUAACUAACAAACAAAAAUUAGAAUUAAUUGUAGCAAUAUCCAACAUAAAACUCUCUUAAUUACGAUUCAUUAAAUUCUUCAAAGUAAAUUCAAUCAAAUCAGGAUAUGUAUGGUUCAAAAUAAAAUGUAAAAUAUCCCACCUUGAGCGUUUAACCCUUAUUUAAUUAGUCUGCUUAAUUUAAGCAGCCAAUUGAGCACAUGAUGCCAGGUUAAGGCGAUUACAAUGGUGACUGUCUUGCAGCUAAUUUUGAUUAAUUUUUAAUAACAGCUAAUGAAAGUAUCUUAAGAUAAUCAGUUUUGAGUUCUUAAAGAGAACCAAAUUAGCUUGCUAACAAAAACUAGCAAUAAAUUUAAAAGCAAUAAAAUUAAAAUGCUAUAGAUUAAAAGUAUCCUUAAAUGCAAAGAUAAAAUUUGGCACCAACUAAUAUAAAUGCACCAUAAAAAGAAGAUAUGAACUGUUCUUAAUAAAAAUACCCAAGAUUUGGUGCUGAUGUAAAUAUGAAUAGAAAUUAGUAAAAUUUACCCUAUCAUAAUCAAUAGCUUGAAUAGUAAGAACAAUAAAAAUAAGCUCUCUAAUAUCAGUAAUAUUAGCAACAAAAUCCAUAGUUAUUUCAAUAAAAUACAACUAAUAGUAUUUCACAGAAUAAAUAAAAUAGCUAUUCUUAGAAUAUGCAAGGAAUGAAUAUGUCUGUACAAAAUUAGUUUAUUUAACAAUAGAAUAAUUUAAAUCAAUAAAAUAAGUAUCCUGCAAUGAAUACAAAUAAUAACAUCAACCCAGGUAAUACUUAAUAAAAAUAUCCUUAGAAUAUAAACUUAAAUAAUAAUUAUAACAACAACACUGUAAAUCAAAAUACUAGAUUGGAAAAUAAUUAGCUAAAUUAUUAAACUCAGUAGUAAAGUUAAUUAAAGCAGUAAAACUAAAUCUAACAAUAAAAUUUUACUAAUAACCAACUGAGUUAAUAAAAUUAUGUUUAGAAUAAUUAAAAUUCAGAUUAAAACAAAGUAAAUACUUAAAAAUAACAGUAUCCUUAGGUUAAUAUGAUAUAGUAGAACUAAUAAAAUUAAUAGCAACCUUAAGCUAAUCUUAAUAUAAAAGGAUAUUAGUAAGAUUCAACUUCAUUGAACUCUAUUUCUACAAAUUAAUCAUAGGAAUGGUCAAUUAUAAGAGGUUAAAAUGACCAGGUUUAAUCUUUGUAACAAAUAGCAUAAGAAGAUGAAGUAGAUGAUUUUAAUUUGAUCCAAGAUAUGAAUGAUAAUAAUUUAAAUAACAAAUCAAUAUUCUUGGUCAAGAAAAAAUAAAAAAUUGAUUUUAUUUCAAAACAAAAGAAAAGUUUGAAAAAUAGCAUUUAAAAAAGCCAAAAAUCUGAAGAAGCUUAAAAAGUUGAAGAAAAAAAGUAAAAUGAUUUUAUCGAAUAGUAGAUUGUACAAGAAAAUUUAAGAUUAUCUAUAACCAAUUAAAAUAAAAAUCCUCAACAACAGUAAAUUGUUGAAUAAAUGGAUGUUUCCAAAAAGAUUCCUUAAUAGAUUAGUCAAAAUAAACCAGUAAAUAAUAUAGGUGAGUAGUAAAUUGAUUUAAAACAGUAGUAGUAGUAAAAUUAGCAUGAGCCAGUAAUGUAAGUUUCUCGUUUAAGAGCUGAUAAUGAAAAUCAAUAAGAUGAAUUCAAAAGUCUCAUAAACGACAAAUAAAUAUUUGACACAAAUGUCAGAAUUCUGUAAGAGGAAUUAGAUAAAUUUAAUGUGUUGGCUCAGACUGUUGAGAGAGCUGAAGAUAUCUUAUAGGCUAAAAGUAACUUUUGGGUAGUUGUAAGCUUUUUCAUUUUGAAAAAGUUAUACUUAAUCAGAAAAGAAUUAGAAGAGUAACUCGAUGCUUAUGUAAAAGUUGAUGAAUCCUUAGAUCGUUGGGAAGUAUUUUGCUUAUCUCCUGAGUAUUCAAAAUUCAUGGAAAAGUUGAGAAAAUAGAAUGACAUGAUUUUUAAUUCUGUUUCAUCUCUUUAAAAAUUGACCAUAAAGAGGCUACAAAGGCUUAAUCCUUAAGUUUCGAACGAGUUAAAAAAGCACGUACCUAUUGAAGAUACUCCUAAUUAUUCAGCAAACUUCUAUGUUCAUCUUCAUUUUCACAUUAUUUCUUUGCAAGAAUCCUUAAGUAAAUAAAUGAAAGAAGCUCAAAUUGAGCUUUUAAGACAUAUUACUUAAUUAUAAGACUGUUUGUUGAUAGUUGAAUAGGGUUUAUUUGUUAAUAAUGAAGAUUUUUUUAGUAUUUAAUAACACAAUGCUAUCUAAAUGACUCCAAGUCUAGAAAUGUUAUAAUCUUACAGCAAUCAAAAACAAGAAAAGCUCUAAAUGUUUUUAAUGUACUACCGCUCUAUGGGAUAUGACCUUUGA